CAGUAUAGAGCUGCCUCCAGUCCCAUCUGUCUAAUGUUUCACUCUGAUUUAGUUUUUUCACCCCGGGCUACAAUAAAACUACUGCAGAGGGUCCCACCCAGAAAGGAACCUUUUGAGCUGCUGGGAAAGGCAAAACCAAGCUGGGGGGGGAAAAAACACCUUUUUUCUGCAAAGUGGAAUUCACUUUCCAGCAAAGCCCUGAGAGAGCUGGCUGCCUCUGUAGAGCUGGCUCUUUACUGGGAAAGCAGAAACUCCACAGAUCUCUGGCGUGGAACAUAACCAAACCUCUUAUUACUGAUGGACGCUUGGAUUUAAGCAGCAACAGGAGCCUGGGAAGUUUGAAAUCAGUGGAAACCGAACAGCUGCUUUUCAGAACUCACCCCCCAGGCAGGCCCAAGACACCAAUGAGAUAAGAAAGAUAAAAUAACAGGAAAUUCCGUUUGUUGGAGAAUAAAAGCUCUUUCAACACUUGCAUGACUUUCAAUAGGCGUUGACAUGUAAAGGCUCCAAAUGUUCUCUUGCGGCUGAAGUCAUCGGUUUACAAACAUCCGGGGCUUGUAUUUGUUGGAUGAGCCUUCCUGUAUGACCCAAUAAUUCAGAUACAGGGCAAAAAGCAAUGUUUCUGAACCUGGCAGACCUCUAAAACUGGGUCUUUGAUCAAAGCUUGGCAUGAAACGAUCUGCCAUUCUGCAUGUUGACGCAUACACAGGGCCAAAGGCAAGCGUUUGGGAAGAUCAGGUACAAUGAAGACCCCAUUUUUGCUUCUUACCUUUACGUUGGUGCUGGAUUCUGCUUACUCAGUUAGAAGGGACAGAAGACAGAGUGAUUUUUGGGACAACUGGAGCAACUGGGGAGAAUGCAGUCGUUCCUGUGGUGGGGGAGUAAGUUUCAGAGAGCGUCAAUGUUACUCUCGUAGGGCAGAUGGAGGAUCGAAUUGUAUUGGACCAACUAGAAACUAUCGCUCAUGUAAUGUGCAGGAAUGUCCUGAAGCCUCCCGAGAUUUUCGGGCGGAACAAUGUUCGGAGUAUGAUGGGAUGGAAUUCCAGGGAAAAAGGUACAAGUGGCUGCCUUAUUACGGAGCAUCCAAUAAAUGCGAGUUAAAUUGCAUACCCAAAGGAGAGAACUUUUACUACAGGCACAAAAUGGCUGUACUUGAUGGCACUCCAUGUGAUCCAGGCAGAAGAGACAUCUGUGUAGAGGGUGUAUGCAAAACGGUUGGCUGCGAUAAUGUAUUGGAUUCAUCCAAAAGAGAGGAUCAUUGUUUGGUAUGUGGAGGGGACGGUAGCUCCUGCUAUGAAGUCAAAGGAUCUUAUGACUCGAAUACAGUAUCCAAAGGGUACAGUCAGCUCUUCACUAUACCAAUUGGAGCCAUCAAUAUUCAAAUUAGGGAAGUUUCACCAACAAGGAACUUUUUAGCUGUAAAGAACGCACGUGGAGAUUAUUACCUGAACGGACAUUGGACUAUUGAAUACAGCCGCGCCCUGCCUGUGGCCAGCACUGUUCUCCAUUACUAUCGAAGCUCUGAGGGAGAUUUGGCACCUGAAGUACUAACAGCCAGAGGACCCACUACUGAACCUUUACUUAUUGAGCUCAUUGGCCAAGAACCCAACAGAGGAGUUCACUAUGAAUACUAUUUACCCAAUAGUCUUGAAGAGGAUGACUAUCGGUGGAGCUAUGGCUCGUGGACGGAGUGCAGUGCAGAGUGUGGUGGAGGUUACCAGUCUCGCUUGGUGUUCUGUACUAUAGAUAAUGAAGCAUAUCCAGAUUAUAUGUGCACAAAGAAACCUGCUCCAGCAAACAACAGAACCUGUAGCAUACAGCCGUGUCCACAGACAAAAAGGAUUUCUUACUUAUAUCAGCCAACCAUGUGGAAUCGUUUAGUGAACACAAAAAUGACCAGCUGGAAGGCUGGCGAAUGGGGGCCAUGCACUGCCACCUGUGGAGGAGGUACUCAGACGCGUUCAGUAUAUUGUGCUACGUAUGAAGGCAGAGCUUACCAGCAGGCCGCAACUGAUGCAGAGUGCAGUGCGUUCAUGGAAAAGCCACCGAGCCAGCAAGUUUGCAAUCUCCGGUCAUGCGCUAAAUGGAGCAUCGGGCCAUGGACACAGUGCUCGGCCGAGUGUGGAGAAGGAAUCCAGAAACGAACAGUAACUUGCAAAACAGACACUGGUGCUAUUGUUCAGGAUACUGCAUGCCUGCACCAAGUCAAACCACUUGAUAACCAGAUAUGUUAUGCUGAAACGUGUGUUGAAGAAAUUGGCUGGCAUAUCGGAGAAUGGGGUCUGUGCUCAAAAAGCUGUAGCAAUGGUAUCCGAAAACGUCAGGUGGUCUGUGCUGACAGCAAUCGGAACAUCUUUGAUCCAGCAACAUGUGAAGCCUAUGAGCCUGAAAAGCCAGUUCAGAUUGAGCACUGUAACAUGCAGCCAUGCUACCUACAACAGCAGGUUCCAAGUAUGCAAGACACCUGGGGCUAUGAUAAUUCAGAUCAGUUUUCUCUUGCACGGUACAGGCAGCCCACCCUCCCCCCCCCUCUUCCUGCCCCUAAAGAAGAUAACUUUCUUCCCUCAAAUCGCAGAGACUGCAGGCGCAGUAGGUACGGAUGCUGCUCUGAUGGUGUAACAUUUGCUCAAGGCUUCAACAAUGAAGGGUGUCCAAGUGAAAGGAACACAAGAGCUGACCUUUCAAUGCCUUCAGGUGAAUGCAGAACCUCUACAUAUGGAUGCUGCUUUGAUAAUGUCAAUAAAGCCUCUGGUCCUCUUGGUGAAGGAUGUCAAAGUAAACCCAGUUAUGAUUAUCCAACAAUGUGUUUACUUCCAAGUGCUCUGGGGCCUUGCAGUGAUUGGACAACUCGCUGGUAUUUUGUGCCAGAUGUUGGAAAAUGCAACCGGUUCUGGUAUGGUGGAUGCCAAGGUAACAAAAACAAUUUUGAAAGUGAAGAGGAAUGUAUCAACUCCUGCAAGACGAUUUCAGGAAGGACAACAGGUAUUAUAGAGUAUAGGUACCGCCAGCGAGGAAUGAAAUGGGACCGCUUGUCACACGAACACCCUGGGAUUGAUGAUGCAACAGCUUUUGGGACUGAACAAGGCUCUCGAGGGAUGGUUAAAACACUUGACCAAGACCCUGAAGGAAGACAGUGGGAUGAGCACAAUGUGGGGCAUGAAGAAUCUCAGCCCUUGACAGAACAAAAUGCAUAUGGGCAAAUUGCAAAAGAAGAUACUUCACGUCACUCUUCCGUUUACCGAAUUAUUUUGGACAAGGCCGAAUCCUCCUCCACAGAGGCAUCAGUUGGAGAAACGAUCCGUCUACUUUGCAGAGUCAGUGAUUAUCCUUUCCCCAAAGUGGAAUGGCAGAAAAAUGGAAGUCCUGUAUACUCCACCAGGCACACGUACCAAUCAGACAACUCUUUAGUGAUCAGUGACGUCGGUCUUGAAGAUGCUGGUACUUACAUAUGUAUGGUUUCAAAUGGAAAUCGCAGAGAGACACAUAGAGUGCGGCUUCAAGUAGGAGGUGUGAAAACAAGUGAACAUCACAGAACACAUGGCAGUGGUCACAGACUUGGCUUUCAUGAAGAUAUGAGAACAGACUCUCUUCCUGCUCAGACAUCAAGAGAGCGCUCACAGAGCAGUCAUAAUAUACACUCGGGGAGGAGAGAUUCUAAAAAGCCAAUUUUAACGGGACCUGUGGAGGCAGAAGCAAAUCUCGGCCAUCGAACAAGGCUUUCUUGUUAUCUUGAAAUAUCUCCCAGCACUACAGUUGAAUGGCAGAAAGAUGGGAUGCCAUUGCCUUCCCCUAGGUACAGAAAGCAUGCAGAUGGUUCUCUUGUCAUAAGUCGUGUUAGCUCAGAAGAUGAGGGACUCUACACAUGUGCGACAACAAAUGGAUCCCGGAGGGAAUUCAAACAAAUACAACUUAAAGUCAAAGGUGAAUUGAAGAUCACUGAACCUCCCAGUAGUGUUUCUGUGGCUGAAGGGGAUGACGCUUCACUACGCUGUGUGGUGAUAGGUGACAAUGUCAACGUUAAGUGGUCAAGAAAUGGUGUUCCAGUGCAAUCAGAUGGCCGCCAUACCUAUGUAUCACACGAUGGCAGCCUGGUUAUAAGGAACACCAAAACAGCAGAUGAGGGAGCCUACACAUGUAAUGCAUACAGUGGCACCCACUCCAUCAGCGCUAGCGCAGAAGUCAGAGUAAGCAAGCAAAAAGCAGCAGAUCCUAACAAUGAAUGCAUUGACCACCCUGAACUGGCCAACUGUGACCUCAUUGUUUAUGCCCAGCUUUGUGCCAAUGAGUACUACGGCAGCUUCUGCUGUGCCAGCUGCUCUAGACAUCGCUCAGAACACAGCCAAAGACACCAGGGCUGAAAGACCUUUCUGAAACACAUCCGAGCUAAAACAACAGCAAACAAUUUGGAGCAACCUUCUUAGCCUCUAUGCCCUUGGAUGUGUGAAUUACAAUGGGAUAUAAAAUAAUCCUGGAGGUUGCUUUAAAGAAGCAUCACUUAAAAGACACAUAACCCCAAAAUCUGCUGUCAUGUUAUAUAUCCCUCCUACAAGAAUGAAA